CCCGCGGGCAGGCAUCGCGGGUGCAGGACGAUCUCAGCCGGCGGAGGAGCAGGGCUCUCGAGAGCCCCGGGAGCUGGCAGGUCCGCCCGUGGACCACGACAAGCUGGCAUUCGCGAGAGUCGGGCACAGCUGACCACUAGCGACCCUCGGCUCUCGGCGAUGGUGACUGGCGUGAGCCUCCUGCUGCGCGUCCUGCCGCUGGUGUUGUGGGGCUGCCGGGAUGCACAGCCCGCCCGGCUAGGAUACCCGGAGCUGCGCCAGGAGGCAGAGGCAUUCCUGAAGAAGUACGGAUACUUCAGCGAGCAGGAUUCCAAAGCUGCAGCCUCCGCUAAGUUCAGUAAUGCCAUCAGAGAGUUCCAGUGGGUGUCGCACCUGCCCAUCAGUGGUGUGCUGGACCAGGCCACACUGCGUCAGAUGACACGUCCGCGCUGUGGGGUUGCAGACACUGACAGUCAUGCAGCUUGGGCAGAGAGGAUCAGUGCCCUGUUUGCUGGGCACCGGGCCAAACUGAGACGUAAGAAACGCUUUGCAAAGCCAGGUAACAAGUGGUACAAGCAGCAUCUCUCCUAUCGCCUGGUGAACUGGCCUGAACGCCUGCCUGAGCCAGCUGUGCGAGGGGCAGUGCGAGCUGCCUUUCAGUUGUGGAGCAACGUGUCAGCGCUGGAGUUCUGGGAGGCCCCGGCCACGGGCCCUGCUGACAUCCGCCUCACCUUCUUCCAAGGGGACCACAAUGAUGGGCUGGCCAAUGCCUUCGAUGGCCCAGGGGGCGCCCUGGCCCACGCUUUCCUGCCCCGCCGGGGCGAAGCUCAUUUCGACAGGGAUGAACGCUGGACUCUGAGCCGCCGCCGCGGGCGCAACCUGUUCGUCGUGCUUGCGCACGAGAUUGGUCACACGCUCGGCCUCGCGCACUCGCCCGCGCCACGCGCGCUCAUGGCGCCCUACUACAAGAAGCUGGGCCGCGACGCCCUGCUCAGUUGGGACGACGUGCUAGCAGUGCAGAACCUGUAUGGAAAGCCUCUGGGUCGCUCAGUGGCCACUCAACUCCCCGGAAAGCUAUACACUGACUUUGAAGCCUGGGACCCUCACAGUUCCCGAAUGAUACGCCCCGAAACCAGAGGUCCUAAAUACUGCUAUUCUUCCUUUGAUGCUAUCACUGUAGAUGGGCAAUGGCGGCUGCACGUCUUUAAAGGGAGCCACUUCUGGGAAGUCACAGCGGAUGGCAAUGUUUCAGAGCCCCGUGCACUACAGAAAAGGUGGCCUGGGCUGCCCCCCAAUAUUGAGGCUGCUGCAGUGUCCCUGGAAGAUGGAGACUUCUACUUCUUCAAAGGGAGUCGAUGUUGGAGGUUCCAGGGCACGAAGUCUGUGGGGGGUAACUCACAGCUGUGCCGGGCUAGAGGUCUGCCCCGUCACCCGGACGCAGCUCUCUUCUUCCCGCCUCUGCGCCGCCUUGUCCUCUUCAAGGGCGCCCGCUACUACGUGCUGGCUCGAGGGGCGAUGCAAGUGGAGCCCUACUAUCCCCGCAGCCUGAGAGACUGGGCCGGGGUCCCUGAGGAGGUCAGUGGCGCCCUGCCAAGGCCGGAUGGCUCCGUCGUCUUCUUCAGAGAUGACCACUACUGGCACCUAGAUCAAGCCAAACUGCGGGUAACCAGCUCUGGCCGCUGGGCCACAGAGCUGCCCUGGAUGGGCUGUUGGAAUGCCAACUCAGGAGGUGCCCUCUUCUGAAGGCUCCGGGUACUGAAUGUACAGCUGAACCGUGGUUACUCGCCCCACCCCCACCUGAGGGGCGGGGCCUGUCUAGGAAGCCCUUGAACCUCGCAGGAACUUCCCAGUAGCACUGCCUCCAGCAGGAAAUCUGCCUUUAUUCCCGUGGUCGAAGGAGAAACAAAAACAGGGUUCCCAGAGCCCUUUUCCUACAAGGACCUCUUUCCUUCCCACCCCUGAGGGGAUUCUGUUCCGAAGAAGGUGCAGUCCCAAGCCCAUAGGGCUGAGUCCCACCAAAGAGGAUGCAACGCUCAACCGGGUGGGAGGACUACUCUGCAGGAACCGCCCUUUCUAGGCCUUUCAGGCUCCUUUCUUGGGAAAUCACGGAUUAUUCCAUCAGAGACUUCACCCUACCUCCCACCACUAGCAAGUUGGGGUGCGGUGAAGGCUCCUCUCCACUGUCAGAGGCCCUUUGUUGGAUCAAGAGGCCGAGCAAAAAGGAACGUGGUCCUCCGGACCUGACUUUUUGUCUGGGGUGACGAAGAAGCGCCCCCAGCUGGUCAGCCUAGAGGUGUAGCAGCCUUCCUUGGGCAGAACCUUCCACCCUUCUCAGUAGAAGCAGAUGGGUACGGGGUACUUGAGACACAGAGACCAUGCUCUCACAUCCAACUAAGGGACAGCCGGCUGUGUGUGUAUGGUUGUCAUGGAGAGAGGGGGUGCACCUCUCUUCGAAAUGCCGGCCAUCUUCACCCAGUUUGCCUUCCAGAUGACCGGACUUGUGCAGCAGGAAAAUGGCCGAGGGUCCUUCGGGGUCUGCCCAUUGCAGGCACUGGGAAUGCAGCCUCCAUGCAGCUCCGCAGAUUGGGUGAGGCCUGUUUGCUCUCAAUGGCCCCAUUCUCCAGGCCACACACGCAGCAGCAUUCCGAAGCCCAUUCUGUCUAGCCAAGAAUAGCUGGGAUUCCUGGAGAAGGAACCAGCUCCCCAGCUUACCCCUUUUGUCGGAGCCAGUCUCGGUAUUAAUUUUAGCAUCUGGAUCUCCAUCCCACCCUGUCUCCUCCUCCACCUACCAAUGCCGCUGCUGCGCACACACGGUGACCACCACGAGCCAGCUCUCAGGGACUGGAGAAUGAUUUGGCAGGGGAGCAGCCUGCAGUUCCCCAGAGGCAUUGCUGGCCCUGUGCCCUCCUUUCUUCUCUGUGCAGUGGACAAAAUGGCCUUUGACUGCCCUUAGAUGCAAGUGCUUUGUACUGCCCGGUCCUGGGUAGACCACAGAAGAACCUCCCUGCUAGGCCCUGCUUUUUGGGUUGUACCCAGGAGAGAGAAAGGAGGGUCCCAUUUUUAUCACUCCACUCCACUUCAGGAGACUCUGAUUAGAAACUUUAUUGGGGGGUUAGAGGGAAAGAGGCUAUUUCUUCGAGGGCUGAUGGAACCCCGAAGCUAUUUCUCUUCAAGCGAUGCCUCUGUUCGCCUGGCCAGAAGGACCUAAAAAGAUGCGGGUGAGGCUGUAUUGAAGGCGUGGGUCAGGAGGGCUGUAGGUGCUGGACACAGUCUGGGGAGUAGUGCCUGCUGUAGUUCAGAGAGACAACAGGUGGGACCGUGAACCGACAGUGGGCCAUCUCACUGGAAGGAGGCGCUAAGGACGGCGGCUUGAAAGGACAGUUCUGUGAAACGCACUAGAGAUAGAAGAGUUUGGAGCUUUGCGGGCGCAGAGGCUGGGAGUGGAUGCGCUCAGAGCUCUCGGCGGCCUCCGCCUUACCCGGGUCAGGGUGCUCCAGAAUACAGUGCUCAA